UCGGGAAUUUCAAUAUGGGUUUUGAAACAAAUGUUGGAUUUUGAUUUCAGAGUUAUUUCUUUUAAUUAUUUUUGAUGAUAUUCCUUUUUAAUAUUGAAAUUUUAAAAUUGUAUUGAUAUAUCAAAAAAUAGUAUGCGAUAAUCUCCUUUACACGGAAGUGUCGCGGCGGCGCAUUUCACAAAUUUAAUUAAUAUAUAAACCCAAAUGUAUUCUAAAUCCGAGUAUAAACCCGUCUAUCUUGUGUUACUCGAAAAUACCCGACUGGGGCCUUUGGCCACUUCCUAACAGAUAAGGGACUGCUGUUUCGGUUCAGGUGCAUAAGCAUCUUAGCGUCCUUUGUUUUUCCUUUGCUCGCUACUCAGUUCUACUGAAUUCAACUCUUUUAUCUGUAGAGGAAUGAGAUCUUCACGAAGUCUUCAGGUUUGGAAACUGGGAACGGUAAACUACUUGGAGGGACUGAAAUUGCAGGAAAAGCUGGUCUCUGACAGGAAAGUUAAUAAAAUUCCUGAUACACUCUUGUCCCUGCAACAUCCACCUACAUAUACCCUUGGCAAGAGGAGGACUGAUCAUAAUCUAUUGAUCCCCACAUCUGAACUCCAGAAGCUUGGAGCUGAACUUCACUAUACACAAAGAGGAGGUGACAUUACAUAUCACGGUCCCCAUCAGGCCAUUUUGUACCCCAUUAUUUCUCUUCGUGAGAUUGGACUUGGUGCUCGGAAUUAUGUGGAGAGACUUGAAUUGACUAUGAUUGAAUUGGCGUCACUAUAUGGCGUCAAAGCUUGUGCUGGGCAAAAGGGUCAGACAGGGGUUUGGGUUGUAGAUAGAAAGAUUGGUGCAAUUGGAGUUCGUAUAUCAUCUGGAAUCACCUCUCAUGGAUUGGCAUUUAACAUUGAUCCUGAUUUAAACUAUUUUAAGCAUAUUGUACCUUGUGGGAUUGUGGAUAAGGAAGUUACAUCUUUGAGAAGGGAGACAGGAAACGGAAAUCAACCAAGGAGACUGCUAGUAUCUAUCUCCUCAUUUUCAUCAAAUGAAGGAAAUUUAAGCGGAGUUAUUAAAGAUCCCCAGAAUGCUUUGGAGACAAGUUUGAGGAAGGCACCACCAAGCCUUUCAAACCCUUCUCAGAACAAGCAACAUCAAUAGUUUUCUUGUGGAGAUCUCAAAAAGAAAGAGAAACUCAUCCUUUUUCCAAAUUUUUGCAGUUCUUUUUUCUUCCUUAGUUUCAUUGCUUGAGAGGUAGAAGAAUUGCAUCCUAUACAUUUCUUAUUUGUUGUUUUUGGUUUUCCAUUUACAUGCUAUGGAUCUGUAAUUUAUUUUUUUCCCCUAAGUCUCUGUCUUAAUAGAAAAUUAUGGAGGAUGUAAUAUAGAGCUGUAUUUACAUGAACUCUGUAAAAAUUAUAUUAGAGAUAGAAUCAGUCAUUCCAAAAGAUUCAUCAGUUUACUAUAAUUGGAGACUGAUUAUUUUGCUCUUCUUUUUUCGACCUUAUAACUAUUCUUCUUCAUCUUUUCCUUUUGAUUUAAAAUUUUUUAGAAUAUGGAACUUCUCUCUUGUGGCUUUUAUUAUUUUUUCAUGUGGCCUCAUGUGAAGAGCAAUGCAGGGAUGGAUGCUUUAAAUUAUUUUGGCACAAAAACAAUGAAUAUUGAGGGUUGCAUAUGUUAAAUCUGCAGUUGUGCUAUUAGAAUUUGCGCAUCCUUUCAGUCGGGUUGAUCCAUUACAUUUGGGCUUCUUUGAGUGUCCAUGUUCUUAAGUUCAUCAUCUUACUCAAUAAUUUCAUUUUCUCCUAUUUUGGUUAUUUGCUAUUUACAUUAUAAAGCCAUGACAUCUUGAUUGCUUUUAUGAAGGCUCAGUUUGGGAGAGGGAAAAUGGGAGGAAAAUGAAGGGAAAUAGGUUGUGGGGCUCACAUGAUUAGAAACACACUUGUGGGCCCCUUGUCCCUUUUCCUCUCUUUUUCCAUUCUCCCCAUUUUCUGCCCUCUCCCGAACAAAGGUGAACUGUUGACAUCUUAAUUUCUGAUUCUGAUAGACGCACUGAUUUUAUCAGGUCCUCAGAUUAAACUCGACUGAUUUAUCACCACGUGUGCCUUUGUAGUUUGCACCUAAGCUCUGCAUGCAUAUGGAUUAUUUGACUUGAUUGCAUUUGCAGUCUGAUUAACUGCAAUGUUUAAAAUGAUCCUUGAUAAUUUAACCUCAUGUGGCAUAACCAGAAAUGCUAACCAUGACAUCAUCUUGCAUUGACUUAUUCUGAUACCCUUGAUGAAUACAUAAGUUUAUUUUUACAAUUAGAAUACACUGACUUUUACCUAUUUGAAUCUGUUCAUGUUUCAACUAAUUGCCUUAUUGUGAAUAAUUAUAGUAGAAUGAUUAAGGUUCAACUUAAUUAGGCUGAAAGUUUUGCCUCAUGAUGGCAUACAAAUGUAUCUUUUCAAUUAACUAGUACUCCCCUUUUUCUCCGACCACCUCCAUCUGGAUCUCCAUAUACUGCUCAACCAAAAAGAAUCUGAGGAGGUGGGCCAUUUGAUUGUACCAUUCUUUCUUGCCAUCUCUAAAUGUUCAUUGGAAUUAUUGCAUGUCCCUUCAAGCAAACCUUUGGCAGAUCUGAAUUGAGAGGUGUUACUCUCAACAUGGCUUGCAUAAGUCUUACACUUCUUGUAAGAAUCUAAAAUAAAAAUGAGGCAUUUUAGACCAAAAGCUGGGAAGUUUCUUUAUACUCAUUGUCAUAGUGUAAUGGCCAUUUGAACCUUAAACAUAAAAAAUAAUAAAAAAAAUGCAUUUUUACUGUCUUAUGUGCUGUGUAUAAUUCUAGAUUGGAGGGUGUAUCCAAGUUAAAUAAGAUUGUUUGAGGACUAUGUUGAGCAUGUAAAUAGAAACUGCCAAGAACUUUCGCUAUGCCAUACCUUAUUUAGUGCAUAAAAAGAUGAUCCAAUUUUAACUUCAUAUUAACAAAAUUUGAUUAUUUCAUA